CUACGCUGUCGUUCCAUUAGAGGUUUCUCAUCAGCACCAUCUAGCUCAUCCACCUGCCGCUCUCUCGCCUCCUUCGUUUUCUUCGGAUUUUUAAAUAACACUUAGAGACAUUUUUCCAACAUGGCCAGUAGCUUCUCGAAAAUCCUCUCUUCUAAACGCCACAUCGGGAUUCUGUCGGUGGUCGGAGGCUCGCUAACGGCUGGCUUUCUACUGCACCGGCAGCACGUCAGCGCCGGAGCCCCGGGGCGCAGGCUGUACCCCGCCAGCGCCGAGUACCCUGACCUGCGCAAACACAACAACUGCAUGGCAAGCCACCUGACGCCCGCCGUCUAUGCCAAGCUGUGCGAUAAGGCCACUCCCAGUGGAUACACCCUGGACCAGGCCAUCCAGACGGGGGUGGACAACCCCGGGCACCCAUUCAUCAAGACUGUCGGCAUGGUAGCGGGAGAUGAGGAGUCCUACGAGGUGUUUGCAGACCUGCUCGAUCCAAUCAUCAAAGAGAGGCACAACGGCUACGAUCCCCAUACCAUGAAGCACCCCACUGAUCUGGAUGCCAGCAAGAUCCACUCGGGCCACUUUGAUGAGCGCUACGUGCUGUCAUCUAGAGUGAGGACAGGCCGCAGCAUCCGGGGACUGAGCCUACCCCCAGCAUGCACCCGGGCAGAACGUCGGGAGGUGGAGCGUGUGGUGGUGGAUGCCCUCGCCGGUCUUAAGGGUGAUCUGGCAGGGAGGUACUACAGUCUGACCCAGAUGACGGACCGGGAGCAGCAGCAACUCAUUGAUGACCACUUCCUGUUUGACAAGCCCGUCUCCCCCCUGCUGACGUGUGCAGGAAUGGCGCGUGACUGGCCCGAUGCCCGUGGAAUUUGGCACAACAAUGAGAAGACGUUCCUCAUUUGGAUCAAUGAGGAGGAUCACACCAGGGUCAUCUCCAUGGAGAAGGGCGGCAACAUGAAGAGAGUAUUUGAGAGGUUCUGCAGAGGCCUCAAAGAGGUGGAGCACCUGAUCCAGGAACGAGGCUGGGAGUUCAUGUGGAACGAGAGACUGGGCUACAUCCUCACCUGCCCCUCCAACCUGGGCACUGGGCUCCGGGCAGGGGUCCAUGUCAAGCUUCCCCUGCUGAGCAAGGAUCCUCGCUUCAGCAAGAUCCUGGACAACCUGCGUCUGCAGAAGAGAGGCACAGGCGGCGUGGACACCGCUGCUGUGGGCGGAACAUUUGACAUCUCUAACCUGGACCGCCUGGGACAGUCAGAGGUGCAGUUGGUGCAGACGGUGGUGGAUGGCGUCAACUACCUGGUGGAGUGUGAAAAGAGACUGGAGAAAGGCCAGGACAUCAAGGUGCCCCCGCCCAUCAAGCAGUUUAAGUAGAUCUUGACACCAUCACCUGCUCCCGCCACCGCCACCUCCUGGGCACACACCCAUGCAACACCCCCAACCUGUGCCCAUAGAUAUGGUAAUUAUCUAUGUCGAUGUUUCAUUUAUUAUCUAUACUAUAUCCUCCCUCAACACCAUUUAAGCAACUUCUUCAAUUCCCUGACACUCUGGAGUCCCGGAAGCCUUCAGUGGGAUUUUAAUGGAAUCAUUUGGAGAAACAAGCAGUACAGUAGAAAGCAGCCAACAAAUAUGGCCACUCCUGUGUCCAAACAGCUCCAUAUUGUUCCGCUGAACCCAACUUCAUGGUUUGACUCUGGCUCCGCCCCUUCCCACUGCAUGUCCUGUACUGAGCCCCGCCCACUCCCUCUGUGUUAAGUCGUGACAUAGUUCUUGUGCUACUCGCCACUGUAAUGUAGGCACUCAGUUGGGGGGUAAAAGCAAUAUCAUAGCAGCUCAUCAUUGAAUGUCUUUUUAUUAAAGAUAGCAUCUAUUUAACAGAAACAAGAUGUUGUUCUUCUUC